UUGACAUCGGGAGGGAGGGAGGGUGGGGGCCGAACCGGGCCCAGGGUGAGCCCUCCUCUGCCCUCCCCUCCCCAGGGAAGCACUAUGGCGUCUACAGCUGCGAGGGCUGCAAGGGCUUCUUCAAGCGCACCAUCCGGAAGGACCUGACCUACACCUGUCGCGACAACAAGGACUGCAUCGUGGACAAGCGGCAGCGCAACCGGUGCCAGUACUGCCGCUACCAGAAGUGCCUGGCCACCGGCAUGAAGCGGGAAGCCGUGCAGGAGGAGCGCCAGCGGGGCAAGGAGAAGGACGGGGAGGGGGAGCUGGCCGGCACCGGGGCCAACGAGGACAUGCCGGUGGAGAAGAUCCUGGAGGCCGAGCUGGCCGUGGAGCAGAAGUCGGACCAAGGCAUCGACGGAGCCGGCACGGGGGGCAGCUCGGUGAGUUGGGGAAGGGGAGCAGCAACGGGACCAGAGCGGUCCCUCCACCACCCCACCGACACAGAUGAGGUAAGGGGGGCCGG